CUACUCUUCCUUUUACGGAUUUGGGAAAUUUUUCCUACGACAUCUGCUCAACACAGCUCAGCACAGAUGUUCCAAAACAGCCACCCAUCAAAGUUUGAAAAUAGAUGUUGCGAAAACUACCAGCAUUCGUAACAAAUCAGAAGUUUUGUUUUUAUACGUUAAUCCGACAUUACAAUAAAACACCUACCAUGACUGAUCUAAAAGCUAAUAAAAUGGGCUUGCCGUUGAAAGAAAUUUUGGAUGCGUUAAACAAAUUCGCAAAUACAUCUUUAGCUGAAUCCUGGGAUAAUGUUGGAUUAUUAAUCGAACCCACAUAUCCAAAGGACGUAAAAAAUAUCUUGUUAACAAACGACUUAACAGAAAAUGUCUUGAAUGAAGCGUUAAACCUGUCAACGGAUAUGAUCAUUUCAUAUCAUCCUCCAAUAUUUUUACCACUUAAAUCUAUAACCAUGAAAACAUGGAAGGAACGUAUAGUCGCAAAAUGCUUAGAAAAUAAAAUAGCCGUAUAUUCUCCACAUACUGCAUUUGAUUCAAUAAAGGGAGGCGUAAAUGAUUGGUUGGCUUCAGCUUUCAAUAAUGUGAUAGAUAGUAGUAAACCAAUAAAACCAAGUGAGAACAUAGAAAAUGGUAUGGGCCGUCUAUGCAUUUUUAAAGAGAAAAUACAUAUAGACGAAGCAGUACGUCUUGUAAAACAACACACUAAAUUGAAAUUUGUGAAGCUGGCCCAUGCUCCGAAGUCAGAUGGCUUUAUAAAUUCCGUUGCUGUAUGUGCAGGAUCAGGAUCAAUCAUUUUAAAAAAUGUACAAGCUGAUUUAUAUCUUACAGGAGAAAUGUUACAUCACGAUAUACUCGAUGCAAUUCAUAAUGGAAUUUAUGUUAUUUUAACAAAUCAUUCUAAUUCCGAACGUGGUUUUCUCGAAAGUUUUGCAUCAACAUUAUCAAAUGCAUUAAAUAAUUCUGUAAAUGUUAAUGUAUCUAUCGUUGAUGCUGAUCCUUUGGAAAUCGUAUAAUUUAAAACGUGUUCUUUGAUGAAACAAUCAUUUCAUAUAAUAAUUUUAUUGUUUCAUUUAUAAUUAUAUACUUUUUUUGGAUAACAAAUAUUAUGUUAUUAUACAUUCAUAUUUUCUUGAAAUAUUUAUUUCAAAAGAGACAGAUAAACAUAUUGUUAAAUAUAAAGUAAAUGUCGAUGUAAUUAUAUA